CACUCACUGGGAGGGCAGCACAUAAUGCACUGCUGAAUAGCAGAAAUCCUUCAGAAGCGGUCAGACAGAGGCUUCUCAAAGCAGACUGUAGGUAAAAAGAGUUCAGCACACUGGGACCUGUCUUCUGGCAAGCUUUCCCUGUGAAGCCCAGGUCUGGGGACCGAGCACGGGUGUGAAGAUACUGAAUGAAUGCAGCGCCUGGUGGUAUUGAGUCCUUAUUUUCUCAAGCCUUUAUUUGUUCGGAAGGAGGCUAUUCAGGGGUCAGCAUCUCCUUUGAUCUCUCUCAUAAGGCCUUCCAGAAGGCUUGUGCAGAGGCAUGGGACUGAACUGAAGAAACACCAGAAGCUGGGUAACUAUAUCAUGGCUACGGGGCCAACAGACGUCAUACAGUCACCUGAAACAGGAGAGACUGUUGAAGAGUGCGCAGGAAAGAAAAAAUCCAAAUUUCAGACUUUCAAGAACUUCUUUGCCAAAAAGAAAAGAAAAGAGCCUCCACCUCCCAGGGGGGAGAGUAAUUUAAAACCUAGCCAGUCCAGCAGCGAUGUCAGCAUCUCUGUGCUCGACGAAGCUAAUGCACUUCAUUCACCGAAGGAGGCUGGGCCCAAAGGAAGCAUGGGAAACAAAGCCUUGUCGCAUGACAGCGUCUUCAUUUUUGAAUCUGUACCGGGAGGUGUGGCUGGGGAUGUGUCAUCUCAGGAAAACAUACCUGGAAGAGUGAAAACUUUGCAGCUUCAGUUGCAGCAAAACAUCAGGUUUGGAUCACCUCCUCUUGUUAUAACUGGAAAAAAACUGGAAGAUGCAGGUGCUGUUUCUGAAGAUGAUGGAUUACCUAGAAGCCCUCCUGAAAUUUCAACCCUUCAUGAAGUUCUGACAGAUUCAGCAAGCAAGUCCUCCAACCCUGUUCAGCGUCAUAGCUCUUUGAGUUUAGGCGGGACAGACAGUGAAGAUGAACAGAUACCUUCUGGAGCUUCCUCCAGGCCUAUCAGUCCUUCAUCCUCUGCUGCUCUUGGGGCCCCUGGCUCUCGAGGCAGCAGCUUCCUUCCCGUUGACUUCACUGUCCCUGCCAGUCCCCUGGGCUGCCUGGACACCUCAGCAGCCAGGCACAGGAUUGCCAUAAAUCCCCGUAAACAGAAAGGCUUCACCAACAAGAAUCAGCAAACCCCGGUGGAACACCUGGAAAAUGAAGCACAUCUUCAUGCAACUCCAGAAGAGAAGGGAAAUUCAACAGAAUUACUCGAGAGUGACCAGCAUAAAAGCGAUUGGGAAGGCUUAUCAGCCCAGGUGGAAUAUGGUGCAAAGGAAGGUGGUUCUAAGGAGACACCAGGUGUAAAAUGUCCCACUGAUGCUGCUCCUGACUCCUGUGAUUCCACACUUGUGGCAGAAGACUUUUGUACUUUGCUGCAAGGAGGCGAAUGCCUUCCGGACAUGGACCAUGACUAUAACACAGCUGCACCCCUUCUGAGACCUGAGCCUUCUCCAGUGAACCUGGAGGAACCGCACAGUGCAGAAGUGCCGUGCUGUUCAGAUGAGUCUGCUGGUGAACUGAAAUUACAUCAGCAAAAUACCAAUAUUGAAGUAUCUGCACUUCCAAAAUCUCAACAAAUUGAAGUGGGAGCUGUUGCACUUCCAGACAUAGUAGCAGCUGACUUGUUUAGUAAUGGCACAGAAACAGAGACCAUAAAUAUAUUGGCAGAUGUUGCGCAAAGGUCCCCAGCAAAAUCUGUGGACCAAAACAUCGAAGACCAGGGAAAGGGGGAUGCACCAUGUAUUGGCAAAGUAGAAGCUUGCCUGGGUACUAUUCAGAACUGUUCUAACCAGUCUGUCUCAGAUACUGCACAGGGCACUUCACAGGUUGCUCUAGCUGAUUCAGGGCCUCCUUCUGACAUCAAGACAGUGGCUGUUCUGAAGUCUGAAAACUGUUCAGCAACAAGAAAUGACAAAGAAACUUAUGAAAUGAUGGAAUUUCAGUCAUCCAAAGGCAAUGCAGAAAACAAACAAGACACUGCUGCAUCUGUGUUAGAAGCAGGUUGCGUGCUACCUCCCAGUAAAUUGGAAGUAAGUUUUCAAGCAGAAAUACCUUGUCCUGCUUCAAAGGGUAACCAAGUCAGUCAACCAACCAGUACAUCAUACACUUCUGAAAAACUUUCUAUUGGAUGUCUUGCUUCUUCAAGUUUGGCUGGAUUAAAGAGUAAUAUCUCUUCUAACGAUGACAGUAAGGAGCAGGUAAGCAGUACAGCCUCUCACAGAAAAACAGAGAAAGACAGUCGAUCUUCAGAAGAAAAUGUUAAAAGUCCACUAAAGACUGCGGCUGCUAAACCAGUUAGAUUUACCAUUGCACCAGCAUGGCAGAGAUCUCUCUCAGGGGGUUCAAAUUCAAAGGAAGAUUCCUAUAACAGAAGUUCCCCAACCUCCCCUAUAAAACCAGAGUUGUUUGAAGGAAUGACAAAAGAAUAUGCAGGCAUCCAGGAAUCCACAAAAAACAACCCGGAUGGAUUUGAUCGAGACUGUAAGGAUGGUGAUUUGCAUUUGAAUUCUUCUAUGGAAUGGGCUGACCGUGAAGCACAAAAUUUUGAAAAUCCAUUUGGGGUCAGACUGAGGAGAACAUCUUCUUUACUCAAGUACCAGAAUGAAAACCGUGCUGAGUCUCCAAAGCUGAUUCCCUCAGCUGCUCCCACUGCUGCUUCUGCUUCAGUCAAGGAGGAUCAGAAGUCAGGGGGCAAUGGGAAGCCACCUCCAGGCCUUCCAGUCAGCACAAAAUCAUUUGUUAAAAAAACAGAUCUCCUAGAAGACAAAAGUCCUCCCAAAACAAGAUCAGAAGAAGUGUCAAAGAAGCAAAAUGGUAGUAAACCUUCAGAAAAAGUCUCCUCUCCACAUUUGGAAACUUCUUCCUCUGAACCGGCUUGGGUCUCCAUGGCAAAACUAAAACAAAAGGGUUUCCAGGGCCACCCUCUUGCCAAAGAACAUAAAGCUGAAGACAAAGCUUCGACCAAAGUGGAUCAAGAGGAGCAUGUGAUCUGUGCGAGUGAGAACAUACUGAAGAAGAAUAUGUCUCCUAGCUUGAGCUCUCAGGAUAAGAAACCACAAAUGAAGACCAGUAUUUCUGCUGCAGCAGGUACCUGACCAGCUGAGGAUGUGCACCAGCACAGAGGCUCUGAUGUCAGCUGCUAGCCUGAUGUCAGUUGUGUGUGUGUGUUGAAAAUACAAUCUUUUUUAAAAAGGAUUCUGUUACAGGCCAACUUUGUCUUACAGUUUUAGGUGCAAAGUAAGAGAUGAGACAUAAACAGGCCAAGAGUUUUGCUCAGAUUAAAAGGAAGUCUUCCUUUGAAAGGCUGGCAAAAAUAGGCUGGAUUUCUGUGUGUUUUAUCAUCCAAACCUUGGAAGCCACACAGCUUUCAGUAGCAAUAUAGAACUGCACAAAGUGCACUGCUACUCAUUUACUGGAACUCAUACCACUUGUAGGCCUUGCAGCAGAAUUAAAAAAUUUUCUGCAUCGCCUCUCCCCAAGAGCUGGCCUAGUUUCCUGACAUCCCCCUCCAAGAAUAGCAUUUAGAGGGAUAGUCUAGCCUUCCACUCUUGGAAUACAGCAAAAAGCUCUAACUAGAGCUGAUGUUUAAGGAAAACACCACUCCUCAACUGCUCAGAAAACCAUGCCCUAAUGCUUAGGAAAUGUUCAGCGCUGUAAGCACAUGAGUAGGAAAACAGGAAUCCCAAAUGUAACCUCUCCUCUUUCCUGAUUUGGUUGCCAUUAGCAGAGAUAGCAAUUUGUCUGAUUGAAGGUGCUGAUGGAAAGGAUGUAAAGUUAAUAUCCAGAGGAGUUAUUAAUUUAGAUUUUGCUUUUUGGCUUAUGUUAACUAUUAACAGUUUUCUUCUCCUUUGAUGGAUGGCUGAGGUUUUGUAUGCAAUGCACACAUCCUGCACACAGCAGCGAAAGCCAGAACAACUCUGUCAGCUAAGUUAGGAAACAAAUUCCAGUAAAUCAGAUACUUGCUUUACUGAGUGUGACUGUUUUGGUAUUGCUCUGUGGCAGCCCAAGUUCACGUGUUCCCAUAACCAUGGGAAGAUUUCUUAGCUUGCCUCUUCUCUCUUUCACUUCACCCUAAGCACGGUGAGGUUUGUCCCAAAGUCUGUCUGCCUUCAAAUAGGCAUGAGCCACUGUUUAGGGGUUUUGUUUUACUUUGUGCUGUUUAAAGCACACGUAGGGUUUUAUAUUUGCUUUUGCUUAUUACAAAGAAGGAAUUCUCCCAAAAAGUGAAAGUUCAUUUUCAAAAUUUUGGUACAGUUCAAUUUUUACAUCCCUUUCUGAAAAAUUUACUGCAUAUGUAGAGCUGCAGCCCAUUUUUAAUGGAUAGUACACUUCCUCCAGUAUUCCAAAGUAUAGCUUGUCUCCUGCAAGGACUACCAGUGAGCCAGGAUUGUUAAAAGAUCAGAGACCUCCUGAGUGGCAAUAUGGAACUUCUUUGGCUUUGAUCAGGAGUGUGACUGGUGGAGCUGAUUGACAUUUUUCAUUGAUUUAAGUGCAAGCAAGAUCAAGUUUCUUGUAUUCAACAUUGCUCAAGUCUGUGUGUGGCCUCUGUUCUUUUGCUGGAGCACAGCAGCCUCAUCUUGCCUGCCACAUGCCACACGCAGGCUAAUAAGUAUGAGAAAAGGUUUGUGUUUUCUCAGCUUGACUUAGACAUAGAAAUAAAGUAGUGUCUGGAUUGAAAUGGAUGGAGAGAGCAUGAUACUAAAAGACUUGCGAGCUAUGUCUCAAGAAAUGAGAGGCUGAAUCUGUUCAGAGCCCCACAGCUGCCGUGAAGCCCCAUUCCAGGCUGUCUGAAGAUACCAAUCUUGAGAAUUCUCAAGCAAGAUGGAGGGAGGAUGCCUUUUCUAAAUAGUCAUACAAGGAGUCAUAUCUGCAGUAUUCUGUCCUUUGUGAGGAUGACAGGCUUGUGUUAGGCUGCAAUUAAAAGGAACACCUAGCUCCACCAGAGUCCUGCCUUCUUGGCUUGCAAGUCCAAGAACAUAAAGCAUUUGACCUCUACCUAGUAUUUAAUAAUAUUGCUGGAGAAGAAGUAUUUGUGCUGGCAAGGAAGACCGAAAAGUAAGUCUUUAUACUUCUCAGAGCUCAGAAACACAUACCAGUUACUUUUAAGACCUCAGCGAGCCUGAGGUGAUCCUUGCCCUGCAGACAUUCUGUUUCCAUUUUCCUGCAUACUCAGGAGCCUUAUUCCUAGAUUUUCUUGCCACUUACAGAGCAGAAUAAACCUGUGGAACUUCUUGCUAUGCACUGUCAUGACAAUUAGGAGUUUGAAAAGAUUAAGAAAUGAAUUAGCCAAGAAUAUGUAUUAUAAAAAUACCUGGGGCAAAAGUCUGCAUGUUUGAAGAAUUUUGAAGAAUAUCUUGACAUAUCAGGGGCUACACACUUGGCCAUUGGGACUGAGAAGACUCUUUUACAGGCAGAUUGUCAACUAACAUCUUAGUAUCAGUUUUUCCAUUGCAGUAGUUAGUCCUAGUUUUCAUCGUAGCUGGACCAGAUAGUGCCAGUGAUACCCGGUUCAACAAUUCCUUCGACUUUUAUUUUUGAGUCGCAGACUUUCUGGGCUGUAAAAUGAUUUGCUUGACAGAGAAGGAAGUAUUAUUGGCAGAAACUGAGCUUUUAACUCUCUAGCCUUCUAAUGAGUGAUGGAUAUCUUGUUGUUGGCAGGUAAAGUUGGACCUAUUGCUCAGGAAGCACCUGUGAUUCCUGCUGUUGAAAAGGAAACAAGACACUCCUCUAACCUGCCACUGACACCAUGCAGCCCUGCUGAACCACCAUGGCUAUCCCUGGCCAAGAAGAAAGCCAAAGCAUGGAGUGAAAUGCCCCAGAUUGUACAAUAGCAAAUUACACAAGCAUCCUUCUUUGUAUUGCCAAUAGCUGUGUUAACUCCAUUUAAAUACUUCUUUACUGUGAUAUUUUUUUGAGAAAUAAGAGACUUAGAACUUUUGAUGAGACUGUUGUAUGUAAAAACACAGUGAAGAAAUGUCAUCUGGGGCAUAAUUUUGAAGUAUUAGGAAGCUGAGCAUUUCCUGCUACCAACUACUAGGAAAACUUUAUCAAUAUGUUAUAUACUUACACAUUCGACUAAAAGACAGUGCUGUUCUGAGAAGACAUGCUUCAGGCUUUUGAAACAUUUCCUUUGCAAAAUAUGUUUUUAAAGUUUUCAUGAACGACCCAGUGCUUUGUGCAAUGUAGCUUUGGCAAAGAAAUUAACAUAUGCUAUAAAAUAGACAUGAUGCUGUGCACUGACGCAUCAUGACUCACGGGCAUUGAUGUCAUCACACUUCUGUGUAAUGCUCUGGGAUGGACAGUCUGACUUUGCUUCUGAUUGUUAAUGGACCUGUCUUGUGAUAGCUGUAGGAUCGAAACAGGACUAUAAGUUGAAGUAAUUUUGGCUUUCGUGUGGUUUGAAAUCACAGAGCUGUGGGUCUUGUGCUUUGCUCAGUGAUGCCUGCUGGACUGGCCUGGAGCUACUUACCUCCUUUUCUCUCUCAUGUGCUAGAAAACCACCAUGCUCUAGCAUACACUCCAUUUUUGGUUAUACCUUUGGAAAUGUGGGAUAAUUUGAGCAUUCCAAACAACAACAAAAAGUCCUUCCUUUAAUUACGGCAAAUAGUGGUCUAUUGUGGUUUAUUUUUUUUGUGAGAUUCAUAAGCAAAUUGUCUCUCUCUUAAAGAGUGUUUUAGGGAUGGGAACGAUUUGCUACCUAGAAAGGUGGCACCUUGUUUUUAACAAACGCCACUCUAUUCUUCAUGUUCAUGUGGCUGUGUGUUUAAUGUGAGUUAUAAAGGGGGCAUCCACUUUCCUCCUUGCAUUGUCAUGCUUUAACUGGUAGCUCAACAUCAGUCUGAAAAUGACAGAAGUUUUGCUAUUGGCUUUGAAGGGAGCAGGCGCUUGAAAAAGAAACUUUAUAAAAUGAUGUUAGUGGUUUAAAUGGCAAUGGCACUUACCGGUCCUUUUCAUUUUUUGCAGCAUUGCACAUUUAUAAAGUGGUUUUUGUUUACAGUCGAUUCAAAAUUUGAAGGCUGACUUGGCUAAUGGACAGUUUUCAGCUGGAAAGUCAGUAGGUAUUUUUAAGGAAAAAGUUAUCUGUUGAUAGGAUUAAUUGCAAAACAAAAAAUUUGGUUUCAGAUCAGCUCAUUUGAAAGACUUCAAUCUUCCAGUCUUGUCCAGGAUUUAUAUAUGUAGAUCUUGAUAUUUGAAAGCAUUAAUUUGGAGCUAGACUGUGAGACUUUUUUUUUUACAUAGGUGAAAACUCACUUACCUAAGUAGGCUCACUGAAGCUAUAGAUCCUGCUUAUUUUGUACUAGCACAAGGAAGAGUAAGAGUUUCACAACUGGUUUGGUAAUCCAGGCUUAUUUUACUAUUUGUUUUUCUCUAUUUUAAGAAGCAUAUCUUCUCUUGCAAAGAUCUGAAACAUUUGUAUUUCUCUGAAACUUUUGAGCAUAAUGUAAAUGACCAUACUCAGCUUUGAUUCCUGAAGUUUUGUACAGAUGACAUCCCAUCAGAAGUUUACUUACCCGGUGUAAAAUACACACUUUUCUUUAUUCAGCAAACUCUUCUCUUUUUGUUAGUGUGGACUGUGAUCCUUCACCUAAAGUACUACAUAUGGUACUAGAAUCUCUCUUUCCCUGUGUUUGCUUUUGAUCUUAUUCUUCUUAUUUGUUUGGUAUGUAUAUAUGUUUUUGUAAGGAAAGGAAGUUCCUAGUCUCGAAGGAACUGCUUUUGUAUUGCAUUCUCAUUUUUGGUUUACUAUUAAAUGUAGUUGUCCGUGAUGGUGAUGUAAUUCCUGGGAAGAGAAGAGCAAUAGAUGGCCCUCAUUGAUUAAGGAAAAAAUAAAAAAGAGGUAUUUGGACAGUA